AUGCGCUUGAGUUGUGUUGUGCUCGUGGCCGUAGCCGCUCUCGUCGGGACGCUGCGCGGCACCUCGGCUGCUACUGACGGACAGCUUUUCAAGCCAGUGACGAUGAAUGCCGUAGAGAGCAGAAGAAACGACCGGCGAGCCCUAAUGACGCACCAGGGCAGCACGUACGAGGAUGAAGAAGAGAGAGGCUGGAAGGAGACUCUCACGGCUAAUCUGAUUUUCGCGAAGCUUUCGCUGUCAUCGUUCGACACAUAG